GAAGAUUUGGGGAUGCAGUUCGGCCGUGAGGAAAAUGGCUAAGAUGGCGUCUCGUCUAGAAACGCUGGAUGGUCUGAGAAGAGUGAUGAUCGGAAAAUGAUUUAUCACGACUUAAUUGACAAACUUUGAGACUGUCGUUUAGUAUUAGGCCUACAUCCGCCAUACAUGCAUUGAGCCCGUAAGUGUGAGGGAGCGUUCCUUAUGUAGACCUGACGCUGGAUACGGUUAACUUUGUUAGCAGCGUUAGCUAGCCAGCACCAACCAGUCUUUACAUCAGAGGAAGGAGAGCGGCCACAGUCCCAAUCACCCCGGGACAUCGAGGUGUCUUCGGGGAAAUGGAACCAGAAGAGUUUAUUCCUCCUCCGGAGUGUCCAGUUUUUGAGCCGUCAUGGGAGGAGUUUCAGGAUCCUCUCGGCUAUAUUGCCAAAAUACGUCCUAUUGCUGAGAAGUCUGGAAUCUGUAAAAUUCGCCCCCCACCUGACUGGCAACCACCGUUUUCAGUUGAGCUGGACACCUUUCGCUUCACUCCCCGCAUCCAGAGGCUAAACGAGUUAGAGGCUGAAACCAGAGUGAAGCUCAACUAUUUGGACCGCAUCGCCCGGUUUUGGGAGAUUCAAGGCUCUUCCCUAAAAAUCCCUCACAUCGAAAGGCGCAUUGUUGACCUUUACAGCCUGUCAAAGAAUGUGACGGAUGAGGGAGGUUUUGAGAUGGUGUGUAAGGAGCGGCGCUGGGCUCGUGUAGCGCAGAGGCUCGGCUACCCUCCAGGGAAGAACGUGGGCUCUCUGCUGCGCUCCCACUAUGAGAGGAUCGUCUACCCAUUUGAAAUGUUCCAGUCAGGGGCCAGCCUUCUGCAUUACAAGCCAAAGCACUAUGACGGAGAAGACGUGGAUAAAGAGUACAAGCCUCACUCCAUCCCGCUGCGACAGUCUGUGCAGCCGUCCAAAAUGAGCAGUUACGGUCGCCGGGCCAACCGCUGCCAGCCCGACGGUCCAGAGGAUCUGGCCCCCCACCCUCUCACCACUGGCUCUCAACUCAUCUCUGCGCCGGAGCCUACAGAGGAAGACAUAGAAAAGAACCCAGAGCUGAAGAAGUUGCAGAUCUACGGUGCGGGACCUAAGAUGAUGGGACUUGGACUGGUAGCAAAGGACAAGAACCUUAGGAAGAAAGAUGAGCUGCCUCAAACUCUAACUAUCAAAGAGCGCGCGCCCCCGACUUCUGGUGACAUCCCAGUGAAAUCCGAGCCUCCGGAGCCUGAGGAGCAGCAGCCCGAUGGAAGCCCAUCCAAACCUCCGACGCCUCCUCACAGCCUUCCCUUAAAGACGGAAGUAAAGAAAGAAGAGCAGCAGGAAGAGGAUGAUGGGGUAGGAGAGGAUAUAGACGAAUCCAAAAUGACAAUGAGGCUAAGGCGCACCCCUAACAACCCACAGUGUGUGGAUUCCUACGUCUGUCGCAUGUGCGGCCGCGGAGACGACGACGAGAAACUUCUCCAGUGUGACAGCUGUGAUGAGAACUAUCACACCUACUGUCUGUUACCCCCCCUCACAGAUCCUCCUAAAUGCAACUGGCGGUGCCCAAAGUGUGUAGCGGAGGAGUGUAAGAAACCUUCCGAGGCAUUUGGCUUUGAACAAGCAACAAGGGAGUAUACCCUGCAGAGUUUUGGAGAGAUGGCAGAUUCUUUCAAAGCAGAUUAUUUUAACAUGCCUGUUCAUAUGGUUCCCCCUGAGCUGGUGGAGAGGGAGUUCUGGAGACUAGUCAGCUGCAUCGAAGAAGACGUGACCGUUGAGUACGGCGCCGAUAUUCACUCUAAAGAGUUUGGCAGCGGCUUUCCAAUGAACAAUGGGAAGAAGCAGCUCACCAAGGAAGAGGAGGAGUACGCUCGCUCUGGCUGGAACCUGAACGUCAUGCCUGUUCUGGAGCAGUCGCUCUUGUGCCACAUCAAUGGAGACAUCUCUGGGAUGAAGGUGCCGUGGCUUUACGUUGGCAUGGUGUUUUCUACCUUCUGCUGGCACAUCGAGGACCACUGGAGCUACUCCAUCAACUACCUGCACUGGGGUGAACCCAAGACCUGGUAUGGAGUUCCCUCAGUGGCAGCUGAGCAGCUUGAAGAAGUUAUGAACAAGCUGACCCCAGAGCUGUUUGAGUUUCAGCCCGACCUUCUGCAUCAGCUGGUCACCAUCAUGAACCCCAAUAUCCUCAUGGCUCACGGAGUCCCGGUUGUACGCACCAACCAGUGUGCAGGUGAGUUUGUAAUCACCUUCCCCAGAGCCUACCACAGCGGCUUCAAUCAGGGAUACAACUUCGCAGAGGCCGUCAACUUCUGCACUGCUGACUGGCUUCCAGCCGGUCGCCACUGCAUUGAGCAUUACCGCCAUCUGAGGAGGUAUUGCGUGUUCUCUCACGAGGAGCUCACCUGUAAAAUGGCUGCCAGUCCAGAGAAGCUAGACCUGAACCUGGCUGCAGCGACACACCGGGAGAUGUUCAUUAUUGUUCAGGAGGAGAGGAAGCUGCGCAAGAGUCUGAUGGAACGGGGCAUAACAGAAGCUGAGCGAGAGGCCUUUGAGCUGCUUCCGGAUGACGAGAGGCAGUGCGAUAAAUGUAAGACCACGUGCUUCCUCUCGGCUCUGGCCUGCUCCAACUGUCCCGAACGUCUGGUGUGUCUCUAUCACACCCAAGAUCUGUGCAACUGUCCCGCUGAAAAGCUCUACCUCAGGUACAGAUACACCUUGGAUGAGUUGUUGGCGAUGUUGCAUCGGUUAAAAGUCCGAUCCGAGUCGUUCGACUCCUGGGCCAAUCGAGUGAAAGAGUCGCUUGAGCAGGAUGAAGGACAUAAGAUCGACGUUUCUGACCUGGAGAAACUAAAGAUGGAAGCUGUGGAGAAGAAGUUUCCAGACAAUGAACUUCUCAGGAAGCUCAACUCUGUUCUCAAAGACAUCACUUACUGCCAGCAGGCCAGCGCCGAGCUGCUGAGCAACACCAAGAGCGGGGAAGGCAGGAUGAGUCUGGAGCAGCUCAAGUCCUUGGUUGAGAAAAUGCUCAACCUGCCUUGUGGGAUAAACCAGCUGGAGGAAGUUCAGGCGGUCCUGGGGACUGUUGAGGAUUUCCAGAAACGGGCUCAAAUACUCGUCCGUAACGAGGACUGCAAGAAAGACUCGCCAGCACCUGUGCAGCUGGAGUCGUUGUUGGAGCAGGGGGCCAGUCUGCCCGUGAUUGCUCCAGAGUGUCAUUUCCUCCAGGGCCUAAAGGAGCAAGGCCGCUGGCUGGAAGAGGUGAGACGAACGCUCGGCUCAGAGGGAGGAGAGAAGCACGAAGUGACCCUGGAUGUGCUGAGGAACCUGAUGGAAGCCGGCUGCAACGUGCCUCAGAGUGGCUCUGUAGAAACGGCCAUGGCAGAGCUUCAGGAGCUGCUCACGAUUGCAGAACGGUGGGAGGAAAAGGCCCAGAUCUGCUUGGAGCAAAGGCAAAAGCAUCCUCUCUCCACCCUGGAGGCCAUAGUGAGCGAGGCCCAACUCAUUCCAGUCACGCUGCCCAACAUUCUGGCUCUGCAGGACUGUUUAGUGCGAGCUCGGGCCUGGGUAACAGACCUGGAAGAAAUACAGAAUGGAGAGCAUUACCCCUGUUUGGAUGACCUCGAGGGCCUGGUGGCGAUCGGACGAGACCUGCCAGUCUUCAUGGAAGAACUAAGGCAGCUGGAACUGCAGGUGGCCAGUGCUCACGCCUGGAGGGACAAGGCCACCAAGACCUUCCUCAAGAAGAACAGCCAGCACAGUCUGCUAGAGGUGCUGUGUCCAUGUGCAAAAAGAAGAGAGAAGCGAGUGGAGGCGGCCCUGCCGGAAGACCCUGUGGACGAUUCUGGUUCCAACACUUUGGGGCUCUCUGCUCAGGCCCUGAGGGACCCUGCAGCUAUUGUGAUGGCGUUCAAAGAAGGGGAACACCAGGAAAAGGAGACCCUGCUCAGGUUACAGAGGGUGAACCUGUGUAAAGCUGGACUUGCAGCAGGUGGUAAGGAGAAGCGGUGGUGUGAGACCACGAAGACUAACACAUCCAGCCAUUCUGAGAACUCUGUAAGAGAGAACGGAAACGGCUGCACCGGCCCCCCUCAGCCGGUGUGCGUUUGCUCUGAACCUCCUCGGGCUCCUCAGCUUCGCUGCCAUCUCUGUAAAGACUGGUUCCACGGCAGCUGCGUCCCCGUUCCUUCUCUACUGCCCUCCUCCGGACAACCAAUCAACCCCCUCUGCUGGUGGGACUGGGACACCCGCUUCUUGUGUCCUCAGUGCCAGCGCUCGCGGCGCCCUCGUCUGGAAACUAUUCUGGCUCUGCUUGUUGCCCUGCAGAGGCUACCCGUGCGUCUACCUGAAGGAGAAGCUCUGCAGUGCCUCACGGAGAGGGCCAUCACAUGGCAGGGUCGAGCCAAGGAGGCACUGGAGACGCCAGAGCUCCUGCAGGUGCUGCUUAAGCUGCAGGAGCUCAAGGAAACGCUCCAGUGUGAUGCCAGAAGAGCAGAGGAGGAGAGGGACGGGAAUUCAGUCAUAGUUUUGUCAGACUCUGAGGGAGGGGAAGGGGAAGAUGAUGUCAUCGACCUAACGGAGGAGUCGCCUAAGAAGAAAACAAAGGAAAGCAACACUACUCAGGAUCAAUGUCAGAAUGGCGUCGGCAAGAAGUCAGACGUCACAGAUGUGGGCUUUCUGCUGUCCCUGCUGCCUUUGCUGAAGGGCCGUGUGGUGGAGCUGUCCUCAGACACCAGGAGGCAGCUGGAGGAGCUGCAGCUGGAAGGAGAUCUGCUGGAAGUGUCCUUGGACCAGACACAAACCAUCUACAGAGUCCUGCAAGCUUCCUCUGACCCACCUGGAGAAACACUGAGCACACUCAUCCAGAUCGACCUGGACGAGCAGAGACGGGUGAGACGUGGGCGUCCCAAGGAGUCCAAACGGAAGCGAAAGGGCCACAGAGGUGCAAGUGUUGAAGGAGCAGAACGGUCUCUGGACGUCUCACAGUCGAAGAAACCCUGUCCUUUCAAAAACCUGCCCUCUGCUCCCCUGCCUGUCCACAUCAAACCAGAGGUUUUGUGAUGGAGUCGACACUAGAGCUGUGGAUUCGUCCAAGAAGUAUACGAGGCAGAACGUUGUGCCAGAAGACGGUGUUGGUUAACUGGAAAGAUGCAGGACAUCCCCCGUCCCUCGUUCACACACUAACAGAGAAAUGACUCUCCCGCUACACUCCAGUGUCUCAUCGAUGGCUCCUUCAUUGUCCCUCUCACGCCCCCCAGCCCAGCCUGGUACCUGCUGGACCCGUGUGAGCUCGCUCGUGUCGGUCCGUUAGCUUUUUCUGCCUCCGUUAAAGGCUUGUUCAGGGAGCCAGGACCAGCAGUACCAGCAGCUCACCCGUUCCACGGUUGGAGAAGCUCCAGGUGUCGCUCACCGGUCCUCUCGCCGAGGUGCGGUGCAGGACCUGAGACCAACGGCACCGUGGUUACAUUUGCUAUUUGGUUCUCGUUGUUGUAUUAACUUUACGUUGACCGCAGUUUUGAGAGGACAUGCGUUUUCAAUAAAUGAAAUUUUGGGAAGUGUUAAAACGCGUUCAUGUUUUGGUGCUACUUUCCUAAAAAAGACGAGCCUCUUGUCUUUCUUUCUCCCGUUUCCUCCCAGAGCCUUUAGUCUUUAGGCUCCUCCCCUUCGCCUCCAUGUUUUUUUCUGUUGGGUCUCCUCCCCACCACAUAUUCUAUUUGAUGAUUAAGGCAACUUUACUGUAACUCACUUUUUUUCUGGGCUCAAAUUAUUAUAUUAUUAUUGUUGAUAUUGCUGACACAGUUGUCGUGAGUUUGUGUAUAAACCUUUUAUUUGACUGUUGCCUCUGUUUCUUUUCACUCUUGUUAGGAAAAAUAAAGGUUUAGAGUUGUUUAGGA